AUGAAUAUGGAUUAUGGCACCUGUGGCUGUGAUGGCAUGUUGGGAGUUGUAGUCUUGACGCAGCUGGAGAUCAUCAGGGUGGAAGCCACAGGGGGCGCUCGCUUGUCUGGCUCAGCCGUCACCAGUGUGUCAUUUCGGCCACCGUACGGUAGGAGGCGCUCGCUCGCCUGUCUGCCUCAGCCGCCCCCAGUGUGUCAUUUCAGUCACCCCCACAGCUCGGCCUCUGUCUCCACGGUAACGCAGCCGGAUGUACGUGACUACUACUCGGAACCGGAAGAGCGGAGGACCGCGAAAUUUCAUCUGAAAGCCGUCACCAUGAGAUCUGGAGGCGAGGCUCCCUGCGAUGGGAACACGCUGCUGGAGGCGGCCAUCCCGGAAGAAAGCGUGAUAGUGAUCAGCGAUGAUGAAGGCGAUGUGUCCUUGGGGCUGGGGAACUCGGUGCUCCUAAUAGAAGAUGCUGGCGAGGAUUCGCUUUUACAAGAGAAGAAGACGCUAGAGGUGUUGGAUGAAGAACUUGCCAUAACCUUCAGCAGAAAGGCUCACGUGAUGCCCCACGCCAGAUAUGAUUGUUCAACGCACCCCUUUAUCCGUUUUGAGGAGGAGACACAGGUUCCCAUAGAGAAGAACGCCAGCUUCUGCAACGAGUGCUACUGCUACCUGUGUGACAAACCUGCCUCCGAGUGCUCAGAGUGGGUAUCUCCAGGGUACUGCCACUGCAAUGCCCACAACAAGAGCAAAUACUGGAAGGAGCAGAGAGACACCGCCCUGGUUGGAGUGCUGACCAUAUUCAACCUGGACCUCACAGAGAUAGACACUGAGCUUAAGGAUGGCGGAAACCAGUUGCAGCUCUUCUUGUCGGCGUUAUCGCCGGUGUACAGCAAGUACUUAGAGGGCACAAUGUUGAAGUGCGACAGCGUCCAGCGGUGUGGCUGUUUCUGUCAUAAAGAGAAGGUGGCGGCCUACAAUUGUAACGCGUGCGCCUUGAAUCACGUGCCUGUCAAACAUCACAAUUACUCUGAAGUUCAUAAGACGGUGACUGAUAAUUUAAACCAAGUCAAUGAGGAGAGGCCUAAGGCCGCGGCAGUGAUGUUACUCGGCACAGCCAAAGAGCUGGUAUUUCAUAAGGCACUAGCAAAUCUGGUUACCUUGAAUGAUCCACUUGCAAAUAUGAAAGAGUCAUCUGGCAUCUUGAUGAGUAGAAUUGUGACCACUCUACAAAGGCUGCUGGUUUUGAAUGAUUACCCAAAGACUCUCUAUGAUAAGUUUGUCAGCUUCUUCCAGUCUCUUCCGCUCCCCCCACACUUAUUCCGUUUCACAUCCAGCCUGAACGUCAUCCGAUGGGACAACUGGUUACUAACGUCUGUGUUGGCCGGUCAGAAUCUGACAGGGACCCGUACAAACAAAGGCAAGAAGGAAUGCUUGUGGGAAACAAUGCCCGUGGUCCAGUCCAGGGUGAAGAGGCUUGAGGACGAGAAGAGUUACAGGCAGUUGGUGCGCUACCUGAAUGCCGUGCGGUGCCCCGAAUACACCAGCCUGAAGAUCCUGAAGCAGAAGUUGUGUUUUUACACGUGUAAAUACGGAGACUUCUUUUUAGCCUCCAAUACUCUCAUGGUAACAAAGCGGAUUGAGGGCAACUACUGCAAGUUCUUUACUCCCCAACUCUUCGAGUUUCACCUCCUCAUGCUGCGAACAAGGAGUUGCCCCCCUGGAAAUGAGCUUGUAAUGUCAGAUGUCUGGGUCCCUGUAAAAAGUUCGCCUUUGAGGAAGGGGACUUUGGUACGGACUGCACUUAAAAUACUUUUCUGUAAUGACCACCUAUUUCACGAGCCAAAGUGCUGGAGCGCUCUUGUCAGGACCUGGUGCACAAGUGAAACGUUGUCACAUGAAGGAAAGCUGCUGCCACAGUGUGUGUACGAUCCUGACCUAGUGUUUAAGCAGAUGGUGAUGACCAUGUCGUGUACAAUCCUGGACGAGCUCCAGAGGCAAUACAACGUCAUUCUGCCGGAUCGGUUUCAUAAAGCGUAUUGUGGCUCUGCAGAGAUGAUCCUCAUCGUGCAAGCAGUUAUCCGUUUUAUGAUGGCCACGAAUCCCCCUCUGAGAGGCAUGUUGGAGCUUAUUACAGCAUUUGGGCCGAACCACUGGGCCCUGUCACUACUCCUUGAGUGGAUCAGUCCUAUGCCGGAGAUGAUUUUUCAAUUUAUAUCCAGUGCCAAGAAGGAUUUGUUGGAAGAUGAGCAAAGUGUAUUUCAAUUAUUUAAAAGACGAGGGUUCAGUUACGUGUCGCAGCUCCUGCCCGUGUUUCUCUUGCACCCGAAUGAAGGCGUGCGGUCAGUCGGCUUUCAUUUCCUUGACGUCAUCUCAAAGAACAGCACAGAUUUACCUUGGUCAGGAAACCUCAGCAGCUGCCUGCAGGUGAAAGUUCUCCGUUUGACCCAUACUUUGGUGAAAUUCAGUCCUGUAGAGCACCAAAAAUUGACAGCAUGUAUCGGAAGACUGACUUCAAGAUCCUAACGCCCUGCCAGAGACUCCUAUGGGGUAGAACAAACUGUGAAUAAUAUAAUACCAAAAAAAACUGCAACUUUCAUAGUGGAUUUUUUUACAUUUGCACUUUUCUUGUUGGUUGGCGCCGUUGUUUUUAUACUUGAUGUUCUCGCCUUGUCUUUUUUGCUUCCACCCAUCUUUUCACUGCUAUUGCUGACGCCAUCUAGUGGACACAGAUGAUCAUUACGGAUGCUGGAUGUCUGCGGCUGGCCGGAGUUUAUUAGAAAUAUGGCCCUAACCGUACAGCGGGGAUUAAGAUCAGUAAUUAAUCAUCGCACCAUUCCGAUAAGUCUCACUAACCUUCAUUUAUUUAAGUGUGUCUCUGGCAGACGCGGGAGCCGGCACACAUUCACAUCACACAGGCCGUUUCAGCAUUGAGCACUUGUCAUUUUUACUGUAUUCUGGGCAAAUAAUGUGCCACACGUUCUGCCCGUGUCAGAGGCCUGAAGAAGAUGUAUCAGUAGUUGUCACGGGGUCCGGAAACUUCGUCCAAUGAUAUUAGAAAUACACUAUAAUGGCCUCCUUUAAAGAGCACCAGUGAGAUAUCCUCCAUUGUCUGAAAUUCCUGCCUUCCCCAUGAAAUAACAGUGCUGGAGCAUAUUUGAUUGGAACUCUUUUUAUUGUGCUGCCCCUCUGUUGUUCCUCCUGGAAAUGUUUGAAUACACUGUAACUGGCUUUUAAUAUUCCCUGUGAGCACAGCCUGAUACAGUCCAGUUCUCAGUAGAUUCAUACAUUCUCAGGGUGAGUAACAGAGGAUCGUCACCAUGCAGCAUUGUAAGAAAAGAUGCUCAUGGUCAGCAGAGCGGACCGGUCCUCUAAGCCAAAGGGGCUUCUGCCAAGUGAAUGGGGUCCUUUCCCAAAUCCACAUUGGCACUAAAAUAUCCAGCAAGUUUUUUAAAUUUAUUUUAGCCCCUACUCCUUGUUCAUUUUCUCAGCCCCCAUAGGCGUGACGUUAACAGCAGAGUUCACAAAUCUUACUGCGCAAGAUUAUGGUAUGUCUUUUGAUGCUCUGCAAAUCGGCAAUCUGCAAAAUACAGAUACUGGCCAUGUGCGAUCUGCUGCAUUAUUAUUUUUUUUGCAGAUCCAUUGACUUCAAUGGGUUCACAGUCCACAUUUUCCAGACCAGAAUAUGACAUGUUCUAUCUUCUGCGGAAUGGACCUACGGAUGUAGACCACACACUGU